CCCCCCCCCCCCCCCCCACCCUACCCCCCCCUUCCUUCCCUCUCACCCUUCUCUGAGAGCCGACGAUAAUUCUAUAUCUUCCUUUCUCUGUGUCUUUUCGAUCUCGAUCGGACGGUCCAGAAUGAACGUUGCUUCUCGUGCUUCUUUUCUGUGGUUUUAGAUCCCGAUACGUCCAGAUCUACCAUCUCCCUGCUCUGAUCUGUCUUCUCGGGAACAAGUCGCGGCGCAAAUGGAGAUAACUAAUGCUUCAGCAGGUGUCACGUUCGGUGCUGGCUCACUCGCUUGCGCCAGUCAUGGUUUAGCUGCUUUACUGGCUUCGGCUCUGGUCAACACCCAGCUCCUGGCUCAGGAACCCCUUGGGGCACGUCUGAUCAAACCUGGAAUGAAAGGGAAUAGUCCCACCCAGUGCUCAUCAUGCACACCACUUGAUGCCGAAGAAGAUGGUGAUGAUGAUGAGGAUGGGGAUGGGGACUUAAGUGAAGGUGAAGAUGAAGAGGAUUUAUCAUCCGAAGAUGGAGACAAGUACGCCAACAACCUCAACGGCAACAAUAAAAGUAAUUCAAAGAAGAGUCAAGAGGGUGGAGCUGGUGGGGCAGAAGAGAAUGGGGAGGAUGAAGAAGAGUUCGAUGGGGAGGACCAGGAUGAUGAUGGUGAUGACGACGACGAUAACGAUGAUGGUGACGACGAUGAUGAGGAUGAUGAUGGAGAAGACGACGACGAUGGUGGAGAAGACGAGGAUGAAGUAGCAGAUGAGGAGGAAGACGAGGAUGAAGACGAGGAUGAAGACGAGGAAGCACUCCAGCCUCCCAAAAAGAGGAAGAAGUAAAAUUAGGGCCUUUUUUAAUUUAUUUAAAUAUUAGCUUCUUGAGGACGUCUGUUAGGCUGUGUUCCAAAUUAGUAAUUAUGUUUCUGCUGCGUGAGAUUUAGAGUACUUCUGAACCUUUUUUUCUGCAGCUCUGAUAAAAAUGCCAAUUAGUUUCAAUGCGUU